UCAACUCCAGCCAUUUGGGCUGACUGUGUCCCUGCUGUUUGAGAUGUCCCCUCUAUAGAGCAACUGCAGUAAAUUCUCCAGGAGGCAUCUCUUCACCUCUUCAUUCAUCCCCCCAAACAGCUGUCAACAGGGAAAAAAACAACCAGCAGGAAAAUGGGACCAGGGCAAGCCACGGAGAGCCUGCUAUCAAGCAUGCACUGCUCAAAUCACCACAAAACAGUGCUUAGAAGAUCUGUUCCAAAGCUGAACAAAUGCACUCAAGUUAAUAUGGACUUGGAAGAGGAGAACCCCAGGGAAGACCUGAGCCUUUCUCCACCCACUGGCCUCUCUAGGAAGUCAGAGCAUUGUCCAGGGAGCACAUCACCUUCCCAGAAAGAUGUUUCCUCUUCCUCCCAAGAACAGUCUGUGAUGCCAGCUCUGCUACCCCAGCUGCCCCCACCUCCUCCCCUACUUCCUGGGUGCAAGGUGCCUCUUCCCCCUCUUUCCCUGCCUGGCAUAAAUUCCCCAUCACUCCCAUCUCCUCAGCCAUGCAGCAAUCCUGGGUGCAGUCAUCCUUCCUGUGGAUGUGGGGAGCAGCCCCACGAUAGGAAGACACCAACACUGAGGAUGAAGCUGCUCCACUGGCAGAAGCUCCCCUCUGAUGUGGUGAGACAAAGCCACUCCAUAUGGGCUGUGAUGCCAAGCAGCAGCAAGGAGCUUGUGGAACCUGACUAUGCAAGCUUGGAGCUUCUUUUCUCUGUCCCAUCAAGGAUCCCUACAGAGAAACCGGGACCAAAAAUAAAGAAAACAAACGAGAUCACAUUCAUAGGUCCAAAGAAAAGCCUCCUUCUGAGUAUAUUUCUGAAGCAAUUUAAGUGCUCCAAUGAAGAGAUUGCUGCCAUGAUUCAGAAAGGGGAUAGAACCAAGCUGGAUGCUGAGGUGCUGAGACAGCUACUUAAACUGCUGCCUGAAAACCAGGAGAUAAAUAGCCUAAAAUCAUGCAAAAAAGAAAAAUCACAGCUGGCAAAUGCAGAUCAGUUUUAUCUCCAUCUUUUGGAAGUUCCCAGCUACCAGUUGAGGAUUGAAUGUAUGCUGAUUUGUGAGGAAACAAAAAUUCUGCUGGAGUGUCUGUGGCCAAAAGCACAAGCCGUCAGGACAGCCUGUGAAACGAUUCUUACCAGUCACCGACUGCCAGUGUUUUGCCAAUUGAUUCUUAAAGUUGGAAACUUUCUGAAUUAUGGGCGUCAUACUGGAGAUGCUGGAGGUUUUAAAAUUAGUGCUUUGCUCAAACUGACAGAAACAAAAGCAAACCAAAACAACAUUACUCUGCUUCACCAUAUUUUGGAGGAAGUUGAAAAAAAACAUAGAGAUCUCCUGCAGCUUCCCAGAGAUCUUGACUUUGUUUCCAAGGCAGUGGGAAUCCACAUUGACGCCAUGCAGGCUGAGGCAGGUGCCAAUUUGAAGAAACUGUUGGAAAUAGAGAAGCGUUUAUUUUUGUCAACAGAUGAUUUAAAAAUACAGCAUGGAAAAUCUGUGCAAGGCAGCCUCAAUGCUUCAAAGGACCUGCAGAAGGAAUUUGCCACCAUUGAAAAGAAGAAGGAAGAACUUGCAGAUUAUCUUUGUGAAGACCGAACAAAACUGUCUUUGGAAGAUGUAUUCAGCACAAUGAAAACCUUCAGAGAGAUUUUCCUCAGGACCUUACAGGAAAAUCAAGAAAGGAAGGAGCAAGCUGCAAAAUCUGAGAAAAGGAAGAAACCGUUUAAAGGAGAAGAUGCAAAGAGGCUAAAGGGAGAAAGAAACGCUGCAAGUGCUAGAAUUGAAGUAAAGAAAAUGUCUCCUCCUUUUGACAUCAUGAAUCCCUACCAGGUGCUGGAGUCUGGAUUAUGA